GUUUGGUCCCCCGCGCGCACCGUAGAAGCGUUUUGCCGGGUGGAGGAUUUUACGAAAAAGUUAGCAAACUACAUCUAAACCUAACUGCCAUAUAGGAUAUCUUUAGAAUGGGUCAUCAGCAAUGAUGUUGGAAGAUGACUGAGAAUUUGAAGACGAGAUUUGAGUUCCCCAGCUCCCUCAUUCAAGCUCAGGCUGUGAGGACAUUGGUUGCUGCAGUGCUUAAGGAGAAAGGUCAAAAUGAAAGGAUUUGUCAGUCCUCGACUAAAAGUCUAGCACUGGAGUCACUGUGGGAGCAGUGCAGUAGUGAUAGUACAGUCGUCCGCUCAGCAUGCUGUGAUGCACUGGUGCUGCUCGUGGAGCAGGGACAUGCAGAUUUGCAGUAUGUGCUCAACACCACCCUCAACCUCCUGCCCUCUGCAAGGAAUGUUCAAGGGCUGAUAAAAGUGGUUGGGAGGCUACUACAGAUUCAAGCAAGUCAGCGAAAUACCGACGCAAACUUUACCUGUCCUUAUUCAAUUAGGAGCUUCCCUCAUCCUUACAUUACAGUGCUGGAGAACCGUCCCGACUGCUGGCCCGCUCUACUCCAGGAGAUUGAUGACUUCAUUCAGCUCGCUUCUGACAAAGAUGAGCCAGUAUUUGUGGAAAUGCUGUCUCCUUUCCUCCGUUACCUGUACUGUGAGCCUCAGAGGUUGUCAGAAAAUGCCCUGCUCAGACACAGUCUCCUCAGGGUCCUGCUCAUGCCACGAGGGGCUACUCAGUCUGACAGCCAGCAGGGAAAGGGGACUCUCAGCACUAGGGUGGUCCGUGAGAUGAUACGCAGCCUCUGUAACCUGCUUCCGUACAUGCUGGUGGACAGCGUAACAGCAGUGGUGGAGUUCAGCUCAUUUGCUGAGUCUCUGACCUCAGCUCUGCUCACAGAUCCUGGCUUCUGGAGGAAGGAACUGACCCAGCUCGCACUUCAGCUCUUGUGUGCCUGUCAGCUCAGUGUGCAGCUGGGAGGAGAGCUCAUGUCUCUCCUGCACACACUCCACCAGCUAAUACCUGCUAAUGCAGAGGACAUCCCAUCUGAGCAAGUGAUCAUGGGAAUCUCCCUGCUCUUGCUAAAAGCCUCCACCUCUCAGCAAACUGCCCUCCUAGAGCUCGCUGUGAAGAUUGUCCCACCUGAGAUAUCACCUCCCUGGGGCGCAUCUCUGCUGGUGAUGCCCUUGUUGCAGGUGCUGUCAUGCUCCACCCUCAUGGAGGCUCUAACAGACACCCAAAUACACAUGAAGAACCUUAAACUGGCCAAUUCACUGUUGCAGAUGGUUCAGAGAGAACCUUCCAUUCGAAAAGAGAACUCCACACAACUGACUUUGCCUUUCAGCACAUGGUACAGUGAACUUCAGGUGGCCACCAGCGUCCUACACCGAAUUUCCAUGGACUCAAUGUCUGCUGUGGAAUGGCUUUACUCCCUCCAGUCUUCACUCUCUGUCUGCGAGCAUGUCCCAGAUACUGUUUGUCUGCUGGUCUCCCACCUUAUUAUCAGCAGUCACGGGGACCUCUGCAGGUUAGCGCUGGACGCAGCUGCCGCCAUAGCUGAGAGCGAUCCUGCAAAGGUGCCAGGUCUACUUCCUGUCCUUAUGUUUAAACUGGGCAGAGUGUCCGAUUCAGCUUUGUCUCACUCUGUUCUCUACACUGUGCCAAGACUGGGAACACACAAGUUCUGUAUUCCUCAGGUUCUUCAUGUACUUCAGACUUUGGGCAGUUCACCCAGACUGAGGCCUGUGGCUCUGCGGCUUUUAGCUCUUUUAUGGCAAAAACAGGACCGUGUAUAUCCAGACCUGCAGAGACUGAUGUCACAGCUUGAAAGAUCCUCUGUGGUCAUUGGAAAAGAGACUCAGUGGGAGCAGAUUUUGGCUAGGGCGGCCUGUGUCAGGGACAUCUGCAGGGAGAGGCCGUACCAGCAUGGAGGAGACAUGCUGGCCGCCAUCACUGACACACUGACACAGUUCUCCAGGAAGGAUCAAGCCACCCCUGUUGCUCUGGCACUGCAAGGCUUACUGGAGCUCUGUAGAGCUGAGGUAGUUGAUAUCAGGUCUACAUGGAAAGCUCUCUCUCCUAAGUUGUGCUGUGAUACCAGACCCCUGGUUCUAAAUGUCACCGCUGAACUGCUGGCAUUGAUACCUGCUUUGAAUGUCAAAACAGAAGAAUAUGAGAAGUUCAGAAAUGAGGCAGUCAAUGUUUUAUGGGGCUAUGCUCUUAGUCAGGACCCAGAGGUUGCAAGCCAUGGUUUCAAAGCCCUCUCCGAAUUCCCUGAACCUUCCCACACUAUUUUACACCUACCAGAGCAGGCCAGACCUGUUCCAAAGCAGCCGGACAGUGAGGACGAAGGGGAAGAAAAUGAGAAUGAGGAGAAAGAUGAAGAUAUUUCAGUGCCAGGGGCAUCAUAUGUGAAGCUAGUUCGACUCACGGCAAGACCGGUUUUAGCAGCCCUUGAGACGUUCCUAACAGCACUAGUGAGGCAGGAGAUGAGUCAAAUGCCCCGUGGAGUGUACCAUUCAGCCCUGAGUGGAGGAAAUUUGCGCUCUGACCAGGGAAAAACUGUGUCUGGAAUUCCUUCUUUCAUGUUGAAAACAUAUGAGAAGAACAAGCAGCCAGGAUUGAAACCUGGUUUAGCAGCUGGGCUUCUGCUCUGUUAUGACCUUCCUGUUCAGACUGACAAAGAUGGACGCCCAAUUACCCGCUUCCUUGUCAGCAGAGGGCGGAGCUAUCAACAAAUGUUAGCCACCCUUAUUCAUGAGGUGAACAUCCAGCCAUCUGAGUGGCACCGUUCUCUGCUCUUGCCCCAGGCCUGGCGGGGCUUCAUGAGCCGUGCUUACCAUGCAGUUCUCCAGGGUCGAAAGGCAGAGCUGGAGAUGCUACAAAAGCAGGGUAAAGAGAGUCCAGAAGAGCUGCAGUACAAACAGCACUGUGCCUGGCUCUGGGUCAGGGACAAACUAACUGAUGUGGUCAAAUCUGCUGCCAAAGACAGUCCGGUUGUUCAGGGCAAUUCUAUCCUGGCAUUAAGUGGUCUGGCUGUUGUAUUAACCAGAUAUGAGAGCAACCUUCCUGCUCAGUCUGAAAGUGGACCUGAGGUGGGUCCAGACAUCCUGCCCACGGCUCAUUGGCUGUCUAUGGUGAUCGACACUCUGCUCAGCAUUGUGAGCAGUAACAGUAACCCUAAAGGACAAGUCUUCCCUUGGUUCAUUCAUCGCUCUUACUCCGGUGAAAACACUGCUAGUGUGAUCGCCCGGUCCUGUGCUGCUCUGGGUCUGGCACUGCUGGUGCCCGUGUUGGUGAUGUCACGCAGAGAGAGUGUGCCCGCUAUACUGGGCACACUAGCAGCAGGGCUGCCGGGGUCGCCCACGGCAGACGAAUCUCAGGCAGUUCAAUUCCACGGCGGACUGACUCUGGGCAUGUUCCUAGCGUGGCUGCAUGAUGAAAGAGUCAGUGAUAUAUCUGGACAGUCUGUGACGGAGCUGCUGAUGAAACAUCUUGAGCCUCUAGAAGCUUGCACUUUCAAUCACAAUCUGGAGUACAAUGCUGGUUGUGUGUUAGGUGUUGGGUUGGUGCUGAGUUCUCUGAGCUGCAGUAGUCAGUCUGAGCGUGAUCGUGCCCAUGUUUCUCUGACUCUGGACAAACUCCUGCAGACACUGCAGGACAGCAGCAGUAUGGGCCGCAUGCUACAGGAGGUUUUGGCCUAUUCUGUGGCGUGUGUUGGUGUAUCAGCAUUCAGCUCUGGCAUUAUUGAGGCCAUUAAAGCAGAGGAAAUCAUGAACACACUUCGCUCUCUGACAGAGGAAAGCCAACAGACACCAGGCUUUGCUUUGGCAUUGGGACUGACAGUGUAUGGUCUCUCUUCCUGUGGUCAUGGUAAAGCUGUGGACAUCCAGCCUCGCUUGUUGGCUGCCUGGACCAAGAUACUGCUGGCAGAGGGUUGUCCCACAAUGCAGAGGCUGUCUGCCCUCAAUGGACUGAUCGCAUUAGUGGGAUCAGAGACUGCUCUCAUUCAGCUAAAGAGUGAAUCAGAGCAAUCUUCUCAGCAGCAGGGCAGACUGAAUGAGGUCAUACGAGCCAUUACACAGAUCAUCACUUUCUCGGGGACGAUUGGCCUGCAGUCGAACGGGGCAUGUCUGCUUGGACACCUGCAUCUGGCCCACAUGUCCAGUAGCCAGAGUCGAACUGCAGUUCCUCAAGACUUUGGUUACCUCCCAGAGAAAAGUGUCAUCCGGGCAAGUGUAGACUUCAUCACUGAAGCAGGAAGGAAAGGGCCUGAGUUCACUCCUCCACACUUAGUAAAGACAGUGCUAGCAGCAUUAGGCACAGUUGGCGGAAGCUUCCAGUAUCCUCCAGUCAAUUGGAGUGCCAUUCUCUCCCCGCUGAUGAGACUCAACUUUGGUGAGGAGGUGCAGCAUCACUGUUUAGAGUUAGCCGCCAGUCAGGUCCAGUCCUCCCAGAGUGCUUCACUUUUCCUUGGGAUUUGGCUUGCACCUCCCCUGGUUCAUAGCCUGAGUCUCCGCACCAGGGCUCAUCUGUACAAGUGCCUGAGCUGUUGGAUGAAGCAUGUGGCUGAAGACAAACUGCAGGUGUAUGUGGACAGUCUUGCAGCCCAACAGUUUGAUCCAGACACACGUCCCCAGCGCCUCCCCCUCUGCCUCUCCAUCCUGCACGGCCUGUCCAAAGCCAUGACUGUCCCCAACCCUCCCCAGAACUGCUGGACCACCCUUUGCUCUACCACUGAAAAGAUCUACAACCUCUUACCUGACAAUAUACAGGCUGGCGAGGUGCACCUGUAUGAAGAGAUAUGUUCAUGUCUGUCUGAAAUGAGCGACACAGAGAUAGACCGUAUAGUCAAAGUCACUGAGGCUAAUGUGGAAAAGACAGCUUUCAUCCUAUCCUACCUGACUUCUAAAGGCAGAGUCCCUCUCCUUAGUCUCAAUGAUGUCAUCAGUACCAUUCUCCAGGUGGGCAAUAAGAAACAAAUCAGCUGGCUUCUCCUCCAGGGCCUCCACCAAUCACGAUUCGCCUCUAGUCCCAAUACAGGUGUCUCUAAAAGAAUGGAGUGGCUAUUGGACUUAAUGGGCCAUAUCAGAAAUGUUGCAUACGGAUCUCCCACAGUUAAAUGUGUCAAUGUUUUGGAGGGAACAGACUUCCUCCUCAGUGUGUUUGCAGCAGCAGUUGUGUCUUGGGCCGACCAUUGUGUGCCACUUCUCGUUGGCAUCAGAGCCCAGUGGUUUCCAUGGCGACAGUCCUCUCAGACAUCAGAACUGUCCCAUGACCUCUAUGUCAACCCUGUUACCACCGAGCUGUCAGUGUCAUCAUGCCUACUUGGAAUCCCUUCCAGCAUGAAGCAACUGCUUGCCAAAGAGCCAUGGAAGUCCCAGUCACAGAAGUUCAUCGACUGGCUCUUCAGUAUAACUGAAGGUCCUGUGCAGGGUUUCUCCAAGACUUCCAUUCUCACUGCCAAGGCAAACCUAAUGGCUCUGAGAUCCACCCCCGAGUUCAAGAAGAAGACUGUGUGGACUAGAGCGUAUGGCUGGUGAUCUUAAUGAAGCAUCAGUCUCUGAUUUAAAGCUUUAGCACACAGAGGACACAUUUGUUUAACUGACUGCAUUAAGAAAUAUCUAGAUAACAAAACAAAUGUUUGACUACGAAGUGUAAUGGGAAACAUUGUGUGCUAGAGACCAGAAGGAACACUGGCAUAUUAACUAGAUUGAAAGUUGGUGUGUCAGAGUAUUCAAAAUUGAUUUUGCCAUUUUCUUUAUAAACAUGACAAAUGUAUACAUAAAUAUAUACUGUAUGUGCCACAUUAAGUUUCUUUUAUUUUCUAGGUCUGCGUACUAAGGCCUUCUAUUAAAAUUAAGCUUGCUCUGUUUGCAUAAAUUUGUAAAAACUGUGCCGUGACAGAAAAAAGGUUGGGAAACACUGACCUAAACCACAAAGAGGUUCAAACCAAUCCAGCCCAUCUGGCACCAAAAAACGUCUAAAAGAAAACACACAGCAAUAUGAAAGUUCUGCAAUGCUUACCGAGAUGGCUGGGACAACGUCAAACUUUUAUUGGCACUUAGAAAGGAAGCAUAAAGAAAGAUAAGCUAAGUGUAAGUGAUGCUAGCAAAGCUAGCUAACUAACGUUAGCAAUCUGCCUCUUGCUGCAUUCCAUUCAACUCGGAAAAUCGGAUUUUCCAACUUCCUGCUGGGAAAAGUGCAAUGGAAUGCCACUUGAAGUCGUAAUUACAACCUGGGAAGUUGUGCGGAAAUUUUAAACUCCGAUUUUGCCAAAACAUGGUAAAUUAUACUCUCUUUUGAUAACACUACGUAACAAUGAUUUUUUUUUUUUUUUUUUUUUUUUUUUUUUUGGGGUUCCUGGGUAGUAAGUGUUAUUCCCUAAUUGCUUAUGCCUCAGAAGUAUAGAAAAUGGCUAUUAUUCCCCACAAACUUUGCUUUUGUGACCAGGACAGUGAUAUUUUGAAAUGUACCUAUUUCCAAUGAGAAAACAGGUGAAUUUGUGUCUUUUCGUUCACAUAAAGUCAGAAAAAAACAACAUAUAAAUCCAAAUUAACAUGUAUUUAUACUAAAGUAAUACAAAAAUGACUACAAAAGAUUUAGAAGUGAGUAGUUUUUCGAGAUUUACAAUU